UUAUCUCCAACACAAAGCUUAACCAGGACGCGAACCCUGUCCGGUGUUACGGUUGGUUUUUUACUUCAUGCUUUCUAAAUUGGGAUUUUGACGGUGGUUGGAGGGUGAAUUUAAUGCACUGGCGUAACCCGCCCGGUUGCCUAGUAACGCGCUGGCAGUGGGCGCCGGAGAGAGAUCUCUAUGGUGGGCGCCCCGUUGGAAUCGUUGGCGCUCCUGACCUUGGCGUCGUAUAUGCGCAAAGCACACAGACUGUGCAAAGCAGGAGAUAAAGAGUAAAGAUCCGUGUGUUUGAUAGCGAAACCGGUUGGAAAGCACGUAUCCCACUCGGCGCCGGGCAUGGUAUGGAGGAAACCUCGGGACGGAGCGCGCAGCAGCCUCAGUAAAAAGCAGAUUUGUGUGUACUGCAAUGAAAAACGGAGGUGGGGGCGGUCCAUACCUGGCUGUGGUGUAUUUGGAUUUGAUAACCGUCGCAGCUGAAGGAACAGUGAGUGAUGUCUGCUUGAGAGGGUCGGUGCAGAGGGACUGAGCGGACACUACAUUGUGCAUUUGUGCUGCGCGAAGGCAUCAUGUGGCUCGCUACAUUCAGAGACCAUCUGUUGCCUGCACACCUGCUACAUCAUCAAGGGACUGUAACCGUCACCCACUGUGCCCUUCUGUGGUGGAUUCUAUGUUCCUGCUGGUCAUUCACCAAAUCAACAGGCCAGAAAUUCUAUCCGACCGUGACGACCCAAUUUGGGAAGCUGCGAGGCCUCAGGGUUCCUGUGCCCAGCGAGGUGCUCCGGCCCGUCGAUCAGUACCUGGGGGUCCCCUACGCCGCUCCGCCCGUGGGGGAGAAACGCUUCAUGCCCCCCGACCAGCCCUCCUCUUGGUCAGGUAUCAAGAAUGCUACCCACUUCAUGCCCGUGUGCCCCCAGAACAUCCACAACACCGUACCAGAGAUCAUGAUGCCCAUAUGGUUCACCUAUAACCUGGACACAGUAGCCACGUACAUUCAGGAUCAGAGCGAGGACUGUUUGUAUCUAAACAUCUACGCUCCUACGGACGACGGGAGCCAACACAAGAAAAAAGGGGCGGCUUUCUCACAUGCUGAGACUCAUAUAUCUGAAGAUAUAAGGGACUCUGAAGCUCGACCUGUGAUGGUUUACAUCCAUGGAGGUUCCUAUAUGGAGGGCACCGGAAACAUGAUGGACGGCAGCGUGCUGGCCAGUUACGGGAAUGUUGUUGUCGUCACGCUCAACUACAGGAUCGGAAUAUUAGGCUUCCUCAGUACUGGUGAUCAGGCAGCAAAAGGAAACUAUGGGCUCCUGGACCAGAUUCAAGCUCUCCGUUGGAUUAGUAAGAACAUUGGUUACUUUGGAGGAGACCCGGGUCGCAUCACGGUUUUUGGAUCUGGAAUCGGUGCCUCCUGCGUCAGCCUGCUGACUCUCUCCCACCACUCAGAAGGUUUGUUCCACAGGGCCAUCAUCCAAAGCGGCUCAGCCCUGUCCAGCUGGGCUGUCAACUACCAACCAGUCAAGUACACUCGCAUGCUGGCCGAGAGGGUCGGCUGCAACGUGCUGGACACUGUUGACAUGGUCUCCUGCCUGCAGAAGAAGAGUGCGAGAGAGCUGGUGGAGCAAGACAUCCAGCCUGCCCGGUACCGCGUGGCUUUCGGCCCUGUCAUUGACGGAGAUGUCAUCCCGGAUGACCCGGAAAUCCUGAUGGAGCAGGGCGAGUUCCUCAACUAUGACAUAAUGCUGGGUGUCAAUCAGGGAGAAGGGCUGCGCUUUGUGGAGAACGUGAUGGAUCUGGAAGACGGCGUGUCUGGCAACGACUUUGACUUUGCGGUGUCGGACUUUGUGGACAGUCUGUAUGGCUACCCGGAAGGGAAGGACACGCUGAGGGAGACAAUUAAAUUCAUGUACACAGACUGGGCCGACAAGGACAACCCGGAGACCAGGAGGAAGACCUUGGUGGCCCUCUUCACCGACCAUCAGUGGGUGGAGCCCUCAGUGGUGACGGCUGACCUACACGCCCGCUACGGCUCGCCUACUUACUUCUACGCCUUCUACCACCACUGCCAGAGCCUCAUGAAGCCGGUGUGGUCCGACUCGGCGCACGGAGACGAGGUGCCUUAUGUGUUUGGCAUCCCCAUGGUGGGCCCAACUGACCUGUUCCCCUGUAACUUCUCCAGGAACGACAUCAUGCUCAGCGCCGUGGUUAUGACUUAUUGGACCAACUUCGCCAAGAGCGGGGAUCCCAACAAACCAGUGCCACAGGACACCAAGUUCAUCCACACCAAGGCCAAUCGCUUCGAGGAGGUGGCCUGGUCUAAGUACGACCCCUUCGACCAGUUGUACUUGCACAUUGGCCUGAAGCCUCGGAUCCGUGACCACUACCGCGCCACAAAGGUGGCCUUCUGGAAACACCUUGUGCCCCAUCUCUACAACCUCCAUGACAUGUUCCAUUACUCCUCCACCACCACCAAGGUCACCCCUCUGGAUCCCACCCAGUCCAACGGUAAGAAGUCGGGCGGCACCGGUCGUACUCCUGUGUCAACAGACCACAAUGGCGGCGAAGGGGGGAGGGAGAUGGGCCCUCUGAUCAUGCCGAACCCGAGAGAUUACUCCACGGAGCUCAGCGUCACCAUUGCCGUGGGAGCGUCGCUGCUCUUCCUCAACGUCCUGGCCUUCGCCGCUCUGUACUACCGCAAGGACAAGCGCAGCCGACAGGACACGUCCCAGCAGCCCAGCCCCCAGCGCGACGGCAAAGGCAACAACGUGAGCCACACCACCAGCAUAGACGAGACCCUGUCCCAGCAACGGAGCCAGUGCGAAGCCCUUCACAAUCCUCUGCACGUCUCGCCCAGCAUGGACUACUCGCUGAGCCAGCGCCGCUCCCCUGACGACAUCCCUCUGAUGAGCCCCAACAACAUCACCAUGAUCCCCAACUCACUCAUGGGCCUCUCCAACAUGAGCCCGUACAGCACCUUCCCAGCUGGUUACAGCUCUGCAGGGCUGCCCAGCACCCACUCCACCACUCGGGUAUAGCCUGGGAGGAGUUGAGGGAAGAUAUGGGGGGUGGGCGGGGAGGGGGGCAUGUUGUACAUAAAAAUGGAAAUGUAAAGCUAUAUUUAGGAUGUGUAGGGAAAUCAAAUAGGAUUGGAUAUGUUCGUUCCGUCUUUUCCAAAGGUGUACGACCGCCAACAUUCUGCCUUUGCGCUCAUAAUAGGAAGUCUAACUGCAGAGUCAUUUUAUAAUAACCAUUUUCAAAGGCAAACAAAAAGAAAAAGUGCAUUUCAUUUUCCGCUUUGGCUUUUUUGGAACUUUACCUAGCAAGAACUUAGUAUGAUGUUUAUACAGUUGGAUUUGUAUGGGAAGCUUUUUCUUACUAUGUGAUAUCUAUUUUGAUCUCAUGGAAGGAAGUGACAUUAUAACUCGUGGUGGACAGAGAUGAGAUCUGGAAGGGACUAAAAAGCAGUAUUAGUAUUAGUAUUAUUAUCAAGCUAUUUUAUACAUAUUUCUCAUGGUACAUUGCUUAUUAUGAAAAUGUAUUUUUAAUGUAAUUACUUUAAAAUGCCUUGUAACUAGUUCAAGUUAAUGUGGAAUCAUGGAUGGAAAUCUUACUCAAAUACAGGUCACACAUGUGGAAAGUUUAUCCAAAAAUAUUUCUGGUAGUGGAACACUCCUUUGUGUGUGGGUGUUUGGGUUUGUGCUGAGAAGUGCGCUAUAAAAAUGUAAAUUAGGCAUUGUUUGAAAUUAACCAUUCAGUUUGUAGUGAUGUGUAAUCUAUUGUAGUCUUUUUAAGUGUCCCUGCUAUGUCUUUAUUUUACGUGUCCACAAUUUAACUCAACGCAUUGUAGGACUAUAACUUCUCCUUUACUAUAAAAAGAGAAUUGCUUAAAAUUCCCACACCAACCAACUCAUGGCUCCUUUGGCUUGGCAUCUUUGUACAGAAUAGACCAAGAUUUCAUUUGUUGUUUGUUAACGAAUAUUAUACGGUCUUCAGAAACAUAAUUGUAACUAUGGUAAUUGUAUGUAUAACAACUCAAUUAUUAACAUUUAAAGGGGAAUUUCAGGAAACUUACAGAUUAUUGCACCCACUCAAGUCCAAGUUCUUUGGACUUCGUGCAUACGAAGAUAUAUCCAGGGGUCACUCUUUAUUGAAUGGACGCGAUGGACAUCAAGCUUUGAUAUUUUAUUUCUUUGAAACUAUCAUAUGUUAUUUAAUCUAUAUACGACUACUAUUAAAAGAUUUUUGGAACUAACAA